AUGUCUCUGCUUUUCAAUCUAGUCGCAAAUCUCUCUGUAAGCUUUUUUUUAACUAGUCUCUAUCAACAAAAUACAAAUGUGUUGUGCUGUGUAUUGCCUUAUGACGAUUUUUCUAAACAAUCACAGGUUGAAGAAGAGAGUGAUCAUCACAAGGCUGCUCGUUUCUUCUCCUCAUCUCCAGAGAAGCAAACUCCGUAUAUGAUACUUGAAGGUUAUAAAGUAGGAGAGUCUUCAGAAACUGAAAACAUCAUAAUGAGUUUCAAGUUAUUCGAUCUAAGUAAAGAAGAGAUCAUCGAGGUUAUCCACAAGUCAUUUCCAAAGUUGUUGUACGAAGAGUCAAGAGUCAUUGGGAGCUCGCGUGGCUGGAUAGCUUUUAUGAGCAAACAUGAUGGAACCGUACAUCUAAGCGACGUAUUCAAUCUCGGGUCCCUUAGAGUUAUAACUCUGCCCCAAAUACCUGAUCAUACUUCCACUCCCAUCAUAAAUGUCUCCUUAUCCUAUCCGCCAGACCAAGACAAUGAUUAUGUAGUGUACGUCAAGUUCUUAAGCGUCGGACUAUAUUACUGUAGGCCUAAUGACCACUCGCAAUGGGUUAGAAUCGCUAAUCACGACAUGCACGAACUCCACUAUGAUAUCGUUUAUUCCCAACGAAACCAAAUGUUGUUCAUCGUGAUAGCAGCAGCAAGUUUCNAACUAGUCUCUAUCAACAAAAUACAAAUGUGUUGUGCUGUGUAA